AUGGGCAACAAGGACCACAAGACCACGUCGACCGUCAGCAGCGGCCGUGACGACGACGAGUCGGCAGCUGCCACGCCACCUGCACUUGCCUCUACCAAGAGCUCUACCUUGCACUCGUUCUGGCUGGUCCUGUCUGCUGCAGUGGUGCUCCUGGCAGCGGGUUGCGCCACGUACGUGGACGUGCCGCUGUCUGUCCAGACCCUGCAGAGCUUAGUCGUGGACCACGUGUGGAGCGCUGGCCAAGCCACGUUUGGAGCUGGAAAUGGCAGUACCGAGACGCUCCCGGUAAAACACGAGACGGACCUGGUGGCCAUACAAGUGCGUCACCUCGCGAGCGACUUGACCUGCAAUGACUCGGACUAUUCGGCGUCGACGCUGUUUGACGGCCAAGUGUUUCCCGUGACAGAGCCAAUGGAGGCAGAGCAGCCAAUGGGUGACGACCGAGUGUUCUUCAUGCUCAAUGGCGCCAACAAGGGUGUCUACGUAUCCUGGAACGGUCAAUUCGACUGUGUCGGCCAGGCAGCCGAGAUGGCUGCAGUGUGGCUAGGUGCAGACCGAGACGUGAUGAUGAACGGCGUGCGUCUCUACAGUCAGCUAGGCUGGCCUGUCCGGAAUGCGAGCGAGUUGCGCGACACCAAGAACAUUGUCCACGUGUUGCUGGACUUCCAGUUGUGGCAAUGGCCGGGGAUCAAGAAAGGCUACAAGUACGUUCUGGAGAACGGUGUGACGCUCACGACACUGGGGAUUGAGCCCAAGGUGCUUGACGUGCAAUACUUCAUCACUCAGGAAGAGGCGGACCAGGCCAUUGAAAUCGGACUACCAAAGCUGAACCGGUCUAUGGUGGACGGCACGAAUUCGUCCAAGGUGGAGUCGAGCUCUCGCACGAGUCACACGUCAUUUUUGCCCGACAGCGCGUUUACGCGAGAUUUCCAAAGACGCUCAGCUUUUGUUGCACGGCUUCCGAGCCCUUCGUAUGUGGAGAAAAUGCAGCUGGUGCGCUAUGGUGCGGGUGAGUUUUACCGGCAGCACUUCGACACCUUUCACUCACGCAAGUUCCUUCCGAAAGACGCAAACUUGUACAAGUACGAGGACUACGUGGAGUGGACCGAGUGGGCUGCAGAAAAGAUUCGCGGCAUGGACCCGGACAAGGUUCCUGAGAAGUUCCGAGAGGGCGGGCCGCUGUUCCCGAACGCCAGCGAUUCCGUCGUUUUUCCUCAUACGCUUCUGGGGAUAUUCCGUGACUACAUGAACACGACGAACCGAUUCAAGGCUUUGUACGAUACCAGCUACGACGAAUGGAUUCUUUCAGGUCUGGAGAGCGGUGCCGAGAACAUGACAAGGGAUUUGAUGGACGAGGCGUGGCGCCCAUCAUACUUGCCGCUCAUCGUGCGCACCUGGGAAGAGGAGCUGGGCCUUGGCGAGCUGCGCUAUACAUUUCCGAAGCACGAUACGAACUCUGUUUCGCAUUUUUUCCAGUGGGUUCAAUGGGCCAAGGAACGCGUGAGUUUCCUGGGAGAUAAGGUCCCGGCUGCUGCUCGCCCUGGUGGGGAAUUGUAUCCCCAGUUCAGGGUGGAUUUUCAAGAGAUGCUGCUCGGAUUCAUCCUUGAUGACUACUCUCAGGGCUAUGUCUCGCGCAUGGCAAACGCGGAAUGGUACGAUUGGAUGGUGGCCAAUCGCGGGCGCGAUAACGUCCUGAUCAAAGUGCUUCAGGCGUUUCCCCAGUUUGGCGAGCUAGCGAUCCGCACGUGGGAAGCACACAUCGGCAGCGUCCCAGAGCUGCGCUACAAGCUGCCUAUCUACGUACAGCACUUCAACCCGCAGCGCUACGUGACGUUGUUUCUGUACCUGAACAACCAGACCAAGGUCGGCGGCGAGACUGUUUUUCCCCACUCAUUGGAUCGGUAUUCCGAUGAGAAGAUAGUGCGCGAUGGCAUGGGCGAGUGCUCUUCGGGCCUUGCCGUGCCUCCUCUUGCUUUGCACGCUUCACUCUUCUACGUCCAAACACCCGAGGGCGUUCCCGACGCCAUGAGUCGUCACGGUGGUUGUCCGCCUUCGGAAGGCGUGAAAUGGGGCGCGAACUUGUUUAUGUGGAACGCGGACGCGCAAGAAGGCGCCAAUCUUUGGACCACCAAGUAA